GUGAUCCCCUGGUGUGGUUAGGACGUGCGCCGCUGUGUGCUGUGCGCCUGACUGGCUGUGUAGUGACCACGACAAGUCUGCUCGGUCUGCUGGGGUGGGCGUAGUGGGUGUUGUAAACAUUAGUACCGUGGCGGAUUAUAUUAUGAUAGUGGGGUCUAUGAGCGAGGCGGGUGGACAUCCAGGGGCCCCACACCUGGGCCCGCCGACACUGCCGCCGCAGUCCUCGCUCUCCCCGCCCGCUGCAAUGCUCCCCUCCUUCGGCUUCACGCAGGAGCAGGUUGCCUGCGUCUGCGAGGUCCUUCAACAAAGUGGGAACAUCGAGAGGCUGGGCAGGUUCCUGUGGUCACUGCCUGCCUGCGAACACUUACACAAGAAUGAGUCCGUCCUCAAAGCUAAGGCUCUCGUGGCCUUCCACCGCGGCAACUUCAAAGACCUUUAUCGAAUUCUGGAAUCGCACAAUUUCUCAAUACAAAACCACGGAAAAUUACAGCAACUGUGGUUGAAGGCACACUACAUAGAGGCAGAGAAGCUCCGCGGGCGACCGCUUGGCGCCGUGGGCAAGUACCGCGUGCGGCGCAAGUUCCCUCUCCCGCGCACCAUCUGGGACGGAGAGGAGACCUCUUACUGCUUCAAGGAAAAGUCGCGGAACGUACUGCGGGAGUGGUACGCCCACAACCCUUAUCCAUCACCCAGGGAGAAGAGAGAGCUGGCCGAGGCCACAGGGCUCACCACAACCCAGGUCUCCAACUGGUUCAAAAACCGCCGACAACGGGACCGAGCUGCCGAACAGAAAGACGGGUAA